GUGGUGGGUGAGUUCCCAUGGUUUCUCGCGACGUAUAUGCACAUACCAAUUGCAUAUAAACAUUAGUAAUUGACAAUUAUUGGUGUUUGACUCUCUGGGAAUGGAAAUCGUCAGAUAAGAUAAUCGUUUUCUUCUGCAUUGGGUCGAAGGUUACGACGUGUCACGAUAGUUAACAUUGAGGCCAGGCGGCACCACCAUGGAGAUGUCGGAGGUGACGGUCAGCCUGUCGGCGGGCCAGGCGCGCCGCCUGGAACGGCUCUCUACCGACCACGGCCCCGGCUACAUGGACCACCUGCUGGACGUGGUGACGCCCUUCAUCGAAAACGACGGGGCGCCCACCGAGCCGCCGCCCAUCGACGAGUGGAUCCCCAAGAUCGGCAUCGACGCUGUCAACAGGAGCGUCGAAAUCGAUGUGGGCUCGCAGGUGGUGGUUGUGAACCUGGCCGACUUUUACAAGAAGCGGGACGCGUCACAGCUGCUGGGGUCCCGAUCGGAGUCGGUCACUCCGGCGAUACCCGCCGACCCUGCCACCAGCGCCCUGCACCUGCUGGCGGCCACUGCCACACAGGAGGCCGGCGCUGGACCCAAGUUCACCUGCGUGCUCUGUCACGCCGUGUGUCCCUCUGUGGCGGCGCUGCGGCUGCACGGCGCCGCCGCCCACUGCGCGCGGCUCUUCGUCUGCCGGCGCUGCGGACUCUCGUACCUGACUCAGCGCGAGCUGGACAGACACCCUUGUGAGGAGGAGCGGAGAGAGCGCCAGGAGCGGCGCAGAGAGCUGGAGGAGGAGCGCGAGCGGCUCGAGAGGCAGAAGGUGCCGCCGCUGCUGGUGCGGCCAUCCAAGAACGACCGAGUGCGCCGCCUGGAGGACACCAGUUCGGAGGACUCUGACGAGCCGGAGGAGCCGGCUCGCCGCUGGCCCAGCCCGCCUCACUCCCGGCCCGUGUCCCACCGUCCGCCGCCGGCAGCCCCGGCACCCCGGCCGCCACCGCCCAAAGCCUCCCCAGCGGCCGCCCAGGCCCGCCGGCCCGCACCGCCCAAUGGAAAGAAGGAGGCAUACGUAUGCCGUGUGUGCCACUCCAAGUUCCGCGACCCCAAGUCGGUGCUGAACCACCUCAAGCAGUUCCACCCGGAGCACGCGCGCAAGGCGUGGAAUAAGUUCCAGGAUAACCUGAAGAACCGUCAGUCGGGCGCGGCGCCGCCCCCCGCGGCCGGCAGGGGCGCCGGCGGCGGCGACAACACGUUCGCAGUCCGCUCUGUGGCGCCGAUGAAGCUGAAGCUGUCCCGCUCGGCACAGCAGCAGCGGAUGCACCACGCACCACCGCAGCGCCGGCCGCACUCGCCGCCGGCCCCCAGCUCGGAGCCGACCGGUCCGCCGUCCCCCGGGUUCGUCACGUGUGGCGUGUGUGGCGGCACCAAGUACUACACCCACACAGCCAGCUGCAAGCUGGACGGCUCCUACGCCUGUGAACCGUGCCGUAAGUUUGUCAGCCGUCUGAUGCCCCACCAGUCGGUACAGUGCCUCCUCGGGCUGGGGCGGUGCCAUAUUCCGGCCGUGGCGCCGCGACACUCUGCCGAGGCGCGCUGUCGCGCCUGCUGGCUCAAAAAGUGCCUGCUGGCGUUCAACAUGACGCCGGAGCGACACAACAAACUGCGGCACCUGCUACCGCCGAGCAUCGCGCGAGAUGUGCCCGAGGCGGCGCACAAGCCUUUCCAGCAGACGGGGCGCUGUGAGCUGGACGAGCCGUAACCGGGUGUGAGACGGCUGUGUAGGGAGUUGGAUAUCCCGUACCGCAGAAACUAGAGACGAUAGCGGGAGGACAUGGUGACAAGAAGUCCGAGAUGGGCAUGCUUUGCAUGGAAUCUGAGAUGAGACUUUGAAUGAGCGCUUGCUGAUACGUGUUUCGGAACGUGUGAUGCUCACAACCCAAACUGUCAGUCUGCACGCGUAAAUCACCUCAGCGAUGCAGACAGUUUCAGGGUUAGUCGUUCGCCAGAGGGCUGACUCCACCGGCUGUGGGACUUGACAUGACGUCGCCUCGCAGCUCAGACGUUACGUUUCGGAUCCCAGUGAUGUCUCCCCCUGUGUGACGCUGUUCGGCACAAACUGUGUGACCUGUAGCGUGGCGCCGGCGCUACAUCCGAUAGUGUCUCUCAAAGGACGGAUCCGCUCGGUCCGUGUGUGUUUCGGGUGUAUCUUGGUGCCUCCGUUCGGCUGUACGCGAGUGAGUUCACUGCUGGUCGAGUUACUGGUUUAAUGAAAGCUCAGAAGUUGUCGGUUGAUGUUCCGUCUCGAGUCUCUCAGCUGCUCUUUCACGUACCUUGGUAGUGUUCGUUCACAGGCGGGAGUGAGGGGCGUUAUGUUUGACGUGCGGUCGAGUUCAGGGUUGGUCAAAUGUUCCCGUUUUCAUGUAACUUGAAUGAUGUUUGAAAAAUAAA